ACAUCAAGCGGAAGCAGCAGCAGCAAUGUUUAAACUUCCUGGGUUUUUCUGGUUUUGAUAAAGGAGAUUUUGCGUGGCUUGCAAUUAAUGGAGAUCAGCUUCAAAUCUCUCUGGUUAAAUUUGCAAAGCCCCUUUACAUUCUUAGAGGGGUAUAAGAAAGCGAUGUUCACCAUAGUUUAGUGCUGUGAAACUUUCCCACUUCUACCUGCCUGGGAUGUUUUGAAGACAGUACUUUGCUUCCUCGGCAUGAUCACAGGGUGAAGAGAAAAAGGUACCUGAAAAGACCCUUCAUGCCCCUGUGUCACCUUCCUCUGUACCUGAUCACAUGAAGUGCAACAUCCUUAAAGCUCAAGUAGAAGCUGCUUUUAGAGUAGGCACCCAGCUGGAGAAUCAAACUACAGCGUGCAUGGGGAUGCUUGGAACCGAAUCCAGGAGCACACUGCUGCAGACACCACAGGCUGUGAAAGAAGAGACCUCUUUUGUAAAUCCCAGUAAGACCUCCAGCCUGCAGGACCCUAAUGUAAGAAGUCCAGCUCCAGUGCGACCUGAAACUACGCCUUCAACUGGCCCUACAGAAAAGCAGGAAAUUAAAGUUUCUCGUGUGAGGAAGUUAACCAGACAGUACAGCUUUGACGAAGAUGACCUUCCACCAGCACUGGCGGCAGCAGCAGCGGCAUCAACCUCUGUGUCUUCAGCAUCUCCCGGGUCACAGAAAACUUGUACACCACAGACGUCAGAAGGACAAACGCAGGUUUCGCCUGGCGGCAAGAGUUCCACAGAUGCUGGGAGCACUUUUGCUUUGGAGCCAGGUGACCUUCUGAUGGAUUUCACAGAGGCCACACCUAUGAUAAAGACAUUCCCUGCUGAUACAUCUAAUCCUUUUUUCGAUCCUUUUACAACAGUACCACAGUUUUCUGCAGAAUUUACGGACAGCAAAUUGCAGUGCUGCGUGGUGCAGUCGUCGCCUAAGCUAUCGCCGGUAGCAAAAUCGCCCGUCCUGAGAUCUCUGGCAGAGACUAUACCGACUCCAACGGUGCAGACAAUAUACACGUCACAUAAACCAAUUUCGCUGGCGGACAGCGCUGAGACUCUGAGGCGUGAACUUGAGAGAGAGAAAAUGAUGAAAAGACUCUUGAUGACAGAAUUAUGAAAUUCUCGCUUCCGUCAGAUGGAGAAUGGAUUGGGGCCUUUCAUGUGCCUUCUGUCUGUUUACAUUCCUCUGCUUCUGUGUACUCAACAUAAUGCAUCGGGAAAACGUGUGAUAUUCCUGACUCGCCUGGAUUCACCACGGUCGGUUAAAAUUAAGUCUCGGCUAGACUUUAACUUGAAGGAGUUCCUUUAUUCGUUUGCUGCUGGGAAAUAAACCUUCAAUCCUUUGUCUCUCCUGAGAUUUUAUACUAUUAACACAGUUAAUUUCAGGUUUGGUUUUGGUAAAUCUAGGGCAAAAAGGAUCAGCAAGGAGCAUACUGAUUUCUAUUGGGAAACACUGUUCUGUACAUAUGUUAAUAAGUGCACAGAAAUUAAUGUUAUGCAGAAUAUUUUGAUAGUAACAUAGAAAAUAUGUCAUUUUGUACAACUGAAAAUUGCAAUGAGCUACUGCUAUUUGUUAAAGAAUCAUUUUUAAAGCAGAAGAAUGAUUAUUACAUCCUAACCCCAGGACUGUUAGUCUCCACAGAAAAAACGAAUGGCUGUCUUAUUAAAUUCCUAACCUUAACCUUUACUCAGAGAUAUAAAUAGCUGCAAGGGGGAGGACACCCCUCCGUACAGGUAUACACACCCAACGCUCCCUAUAGUCCGCCGUCUUGACCUAAACCUGAAACUAAAUCUUACUUUAUUUCCAUUAAAGAUUAAAAAAAAACAGUUGUUUAAAGUAAUUUGCUACUGACUUUCUAGCUUGAUACUGACUUUUUUUAACUCAGUGGGAAGUUUUAACUUCUCCAGGUUGCCUAGGCACGAGGGCCUGCCCACACUCAGAGGGUUUCUGCCCUGCGCUGGAGGUUUGCAGAGCCGCAUCAGCGUGGGCACAGCCUAUACAAAGAGGGUGUUUUCCCUCCUGGAUAGACAAACCACCUUCCUGACCAGCAGUAAUGGAUGGAUCACAUGGAAAAAUAACAAUAGUUUGUGGCCUAGCUGUGUCUCUACCCAUUUUUCACACUACUAAUCAGCACAUCCCUAGGGGCAAGGCCUUGAAGGUUGGCUUCACGCACGCAGGCCGCCUGCGCUUGUGGUGGGAAGGUCUCAGGCACAAGGUUCGGUGGUGGGUGUUCCCCUGUUAGCAGGACCUCAAGGAGUGUGUUUGUGGCAUGCAGGUAACGCGACCAACAGUUUCCUAUUCAAAAACAAAUUUAAAAAAAAAAUAUAGUUCUCCAUUUCCCCCUGUUCAGCAGUGCAGGGUUAUCUACAAAGCCACCACCAACUGACCGUCAGCUACAAGGUACUAUUCCAACAGGAAAGCUUUUGUGCGUUUUGUAUGGCUGAAGAUGUUUAUUUUUCUGUUACUCUGUACACUGUGUUCUCUGGUUUGUAUUAAGAUAAAAGAUUGUCCUUAAUUUGGUACUGAUUAUGAUGGCUUUAUCUCAGCUUAACCCGUUUGCUUGUGUGGAGGCUGGGAAGUGACUGCUGUGAGACUGAGUUUCCUUCAGAGUUAGCUUGUGCUCUUUUGCUGAAAUGAGAUAAUCUUGAGAGCAUUAUAGGACUGUGGAUUGCAAUGUCAGAGGUAUAAAAUGACUUGUCUAUUUUAUAUUCACUGGGACAAGAAACUAGCAUUAGGCUCCCCAGUUCAAAUCUGGCAACCCCAAACCUUUCCCGUUGCCGUAAGAUGGGGCAAAACAGACAGCGCAAGUGUUAGGUAGAAACCUGCAAUGCAAAAUGUAAUGAAGUAGCUCAACAUGAGGAAUGGGCACAAGGAGUCAUAGAAAGACACCUGGAUUGCAGAUUUCAGAGCACUCAGAUGGCUUUGCUGGGUAAUCAGAUACAACCUGUACACCGUCCGUCUUUUAGUUACAGUGCAAAGGCAUUUCUGUUCCUUAUGUAUCCGUGUACCUCUCCAUCAACCCAGGGUUAUUAAAAAUUAACUAGGAACUUUAAAUCCCUGUGAAGAGAUCAGAAAGGAGGUGAAAAUAUUCUGUUUCCCAUUAUUCUCUGCUCACUGCCUCCUAGAAGGUGCUGGUAGAGGUAGAAGCGACAGCACCUUUUGUCUGCACCCAAGUAAAACUGAGCAUUGGAAGAAUAAGUAAAAGAAAAAUCUAAUCAGAGAUGCUGUUUUGGGAGAGGAAAGCCAAGUAGGUUUAGGAAUGGCACAACACUGACCCUAGCUGAAAUCUGGUCUGCUGCCUGCUGUUAGACAGCCCCCAGUUGUAUGUGCAUUGGCAGCUGUUUCACAAAGUCAUUAUCAAGAAGAAAACAGAUCUGAGCACACCCUUUGGUUGUACUGAUUGCCUUGGAAUGGACAUUAGGAACCCUGCAAUAUGCCUUCAGGUCUGGGGACAGACAUCCAAUUACCUGCAUUGGGGCAGUCUGGUCACAUAUGCAAAAGCCUUUAGCGAAACGGAAUGCCUGACUCAGACCAGCCCAUCUGAUUUUCUGGCUCUUAAACGAGCUAUUAGUUUAUUAUUUUGAAUGCAGGAUUUUACUCCUGUUGUAUAAAAAUUCUUAAGCUGAACUGCUCAGAACUGGAAAACAAACAAACAAACAAACAAAAAAAAACACGAACCAAGGUGACUUUGCAGUGGCCAGGUCUCCGUGGCUGGGGUGUGCUCUGGCAUAGCUGGGAGAGGGCAGAGUGCUCCCUCCUUGGUGCCCCCAGAUGGAGAGGGAAAGGCUCGUGUGGCCACUCAGUUCCGGUGGGAUGGGUCCCACAGAACAACCCCACGUACGUUGCCUUGUCUUGUUUUAGUGUCUUAUCCACUGGCUGCCACUGUUUCCUAUUCUGCAGUCUAAUGGAGCUUUAUUCAAAAUGUUUGACUGAUACCGAACUCGGCUUUUAACUGCAGAAUGCCAUCACGUUGUUCUUUCUUACUAUGUACUUUCUUCAGCCACGCUUAAGCGUCUCAGUUUUCACAUCCUUUGAAUAAACACUCCUGCCUCGCCUCUGGUUGGGAAUUACAGUGUCAGGACACCUGUUACCCAAAACUACUGCAAACAAGACAACGUCAACGUGAACGUAGCCGAGGGGCACAUAGUCUAGAUUUGCCCCCAGGCUUUAACUUUACAGGUGUUAAAGGAUACUCUGCCUGAAGGUAUGUCUAUAUAAUAGUGCAGAGGUAUCUGAGCUAGCUUUAAUGAGCUUGCAUAUGUAGUUGUGGCAGCAUGAAGCCCAGCACAGGCUAUCAUUAUCAUGUACAUUGACACGUGUAAAGAUAACGCAUUUAAACAGCAGCCUUCUGAAGCAUGGUCUCCAGAGCUGGUGACAAAAAGGGGUGGCUGAAAAGAGUCUGUCUUUUCAGCUCUCCUGGGAAAGGGUUCAUCUCACCUAACGUUACGUGCCCAACUCUCGCCUGAAGAGAGGUGAGAGGGACUGCCUUCUGGAGGUGCCUCUGACUUAAAAGUCUACCUUUGUAUUGCUUAAAGUUAAGUGAGAUGAAUCCUGCUCUCGGUCCCUCUGGUUAGGUCUACAUUGCAAGCCCUUGCCAACACGGCUCCAUCAUCCAGGGGUCCUUUGAGGUACGAUUUGUGAUCGACAUAGCUCUGCCAGCAAAAGCCUUGCACGUUAGGUGUAAACACACCACCAAAAACACCCUGUUGUCAGAACAGCUUUUAUCCCUUACGGGGAGAGCAGAGAGCUGGGAGAGCUUACGGUGGCAGAAGCUCGGAGGCAUCAUUAGAGCUGUGUCCAGUCUGGGAGCAGCUGGUGGUGAACCCUCUGCUAUCACCACGCCAGCAAAGCCCUCCUGGGGUAGUGCCCCGGGGUGCUCCGACCCCGUCAGCAGAGCCCAGCUUUCAAGUGUGAAGUCGCAAAGUGGCAGAACGCAAUGUUGUCGUGCUUGGGUGAUUCCAGCAAAAUUUAUUGGCCAUUUAAAUAGCUAUGCAAGGAGUUGAAUAUUUUCUCAUGUUGCAGUCUCUCACGGGAGACAACCAGUUGUGGUUUGGUUUUGUGCGGUUCUGGUGUUUCACUAUUUCGUUUUAAAAGGGAUAACCAGGUUUUCUUAAGAAAUGCUGUUUGAGAUCCCAAAUCUCUAUCAGAUCCCACAGUGUGUGCAGAUUUUUCACGUUGCAAGUGUGCUCAGACCCUGAAAAGUGCAAUGUUUGAAAAUUAACUCCUCAGAAGUUUCAGCUCAUGGCUUCACAACUCUCUUGCAACAGGUUGCCUACGUGCCCAUUUGAAACAGAGCUGGCAAUGCAGUGAAAUGUUUCACUGGAGGCAGCAUCAUGUUUUGUUUGAACUGUUUACAAAUAUCCUGUUUUUCUUUUUUUUUUUUUUUUUUUCUUUUUUUUUUUUUUUUUUUCUUUUUCCUGAAUACAUUUCUGGUUCAUUGGCUACAAAAAACUAUUUGUAAUUAUGCAAUCAAAUAUUGUUUCUUUCUUUUCCCUUUUUCUUUUUUUUUUUUAACUUUUUUUUUUUUGAUGUCCUGAUGUUCAAGGAGUUUGCAAUAAAUAUACUGGUGCUGAUCUGUAAUUGCAUGUAAGAUCAGCCUCACAACUGUGUUUUGUAAAGUUAAGUGCCGUAAAAGAACCUGCAGGGAGAAGGAGGGAAGGGAGCAAGCAAGUGGAGGAGAAGGCUUCUUUGGCAGCUGCAGCUUUGACUGGUGGGUAGCAGCUUUAAAGAAAGAUUGCUCACAUCGUUUUGUUCCAUCCUAGUAGUAGCGUGUAUCACCAGGCAGUAUUUGAUGGCAUUUUGUUGAAAACAUUCCUGGAGAGAAACUUUUACGGCUCAGCUGUUUACCUGUUCCUGUAUUCAUGCCUGCAAUAAAUGAAAUGAAAAAUAAA